GUUGUGUAGUGUGAUAACAGAAUUCGUUUCCCGUGUCAUUUGUCGGCCUGCUAGUGAUGCACCAAACACUUCGUGUUAUAGACAUUAAGACAAGGGCAUCAGUUUGAACGUGACACAACCGGAUUCUGAACAUACGAAGAAUACACUCAGAGCGAUUGGGAAUUUUGGAAAGGAGUUUUGUUAUUUCUUUUCCAUACAGUCCAUGUCAGUAAUGUCAAGAAAACAAUAUAUGCCAGUUCUUUUGGCGCUAGUGUUGUUGAGAUCAUGAAGAAGAGAACAGUGCUUGUGAUUUCCACAGCUGGAGUCGAGGUUUGGUGGAAAACGUAGAGACCUGACAGAAACAUCACUUCUCCUGUGUCUCACUUUUUUUCUGCGAACACACUUUUUCUGCUGCUUGCAACGUUUCUUGCCAACUAUUGAUUGGCUGCUACUUCGUUGCCCGUCAUAAAAGCGAACUACAUGAAUAAUAUUGGUUUUGGCGGUUGCAUGCGGUAGUCUUUUUCAGGAAUUGCUGUCGCGUUUGUAAAAGCGGUGGCAGCUGGUGAAGUCGGAAUUCAGAACAUCGAUGGAUUUCCAGUGUCUUGAUACUCUGAUGUCACUCAUGCGCGGCUCAGGCCUACUGCGUACAUGUAUACGUGCACUGUAUCGAUGUGUUUGUUCAGUUCUGCUGUCCCCUGCCACAGGUCAUAAAAUAUUGUGGUAUGGCUUAUAAUUAAAUUCACAUACUCGCAGUGGUCUGUUGUGAACGUGUCGCAAAGGACAUUGAGAUAAUGAGCCCGUCAAGCUUAUGUUAGUGUUACCUAUUGCGUUGUUCCCUCUUUCGCCGCGUUCUUUAUAGUAACUCUGAUACUGGAAAAUAAUGUCACGUGUCCGGGGUUCCGUGGCAGAUAAUUGGGUUGCGGCUUAGACGAAGCUGUUUUAUUGGACAAGUCGUCCACGAAUAAAAUUCCAAUCACUCUGACAACUUCUUCCGUGUGAUGCGACCUGACAACUCAUCGUGUCUGAUCAACUGAUCUGACUGUCGCAAUCUACCCUCUUAACGUAGAUCUUCACGUACUGCCGAGAGAACACCUUGUCCAAGGUUUCUCUCUGUCUUCGACACACCGUUGGCUAGCGUAUCCGUUGCUGUGGGAACUCAAAAAUUCUGUCUUUGUUGCUAAGGCAGUUUCCUAGGUAGCGGCCUGCCAAUGUAUUCGUUGCCACUAAAGUGCGAGUUCUUGUUGUAGCCGUUGCGUAGCAAUGGAGUCAUAUAAUCCGGCUUUUAGGCGCCACGCCACAAUAAUAUAACUAUUUUCAUUUCUUUUAUGAAACUAAUGGUUCGUUGUUUUGCUCUGACUAAUUACAUAAUUCGUGAUCUUGUAAUAAUGUCAUCGAAGGUGAAAGUAGAUGUUAGAAUUACCAUAUUUUACAGCGAUGGAGCUGUCGUAGUUGUGUAUCUGUGACUUCUACAGUCUUCCAUUUAUGCCACACUGUUCAGUUUCUCUAUUUGUGGAUGUUAUAAAUUCUGGUCUGAGUGGGUCGGGAAAUGUGGCCCAUAAAGUUCCAAGAAUUAAUGACUGUAUUCUGCUCAAAAUGGAUAUUUCAACGUUACUGAUAAUCUUGACGCUAGUUUCACGAGCACCAUUGUUCGUCUGGAGCGGCCUGGAGAGUCGACUUUGAUCAUUCACUCACCGCAGAUGUACAGGCGUGAUUAAAAUGACGGCCUUACUGUUACUACAAUAAUGCAUUCACGAGGAGCUGAUGGACCUACUGAACCACGGUGACGUAAUUAAAGCGGAUACCGUUUAUGAGAGCAUUGUAUAGUUCAGGCUAUAAAGAAAUUUAGCUUGUCAGCCGUCAUUUUGGUCUCGCACUGUCAGCUGCUAUGUUAUGUAACGGCAGUUAUGUCAGUUACUGACCGCUAAGUGACAAGAUUGCAAUAAACAUUUCAUGUAGUACAACUGCAAACCAGAUAAAUGGUUGAUUAUGUUUAUCAUUUUUGCUUUUUUCCAUGUUUUGAAUUGUACUCCUCAUUGUAGAGUAGGUAUUGUGAGCGAACCAGUUGUGUACUAGUGUUAUUAAAGUCCUGCCACUGUCAUUAUCAUUUGUUCACACGGGUGGAGUGUAAAAAUAAUGUAUAAGCCAAUAUCCAAGUGCGCGGUGCGCGUAAAAGAGAUGAUGCAGCGAAAUUAAGUCUACAGAUGAUCUAUGCCUGCAUGCCUUCGGGUAUGUUUAUAAUACACUUAGGUUGUUAGGUAUUUAUAUGUGUAUAAUGUAAUUUUACCAGUCGUGAGAGUAUUACUGGAGUGUCUUUAGAUACUAACAGAAAAAUAGCUGUCUUUUGUGAUUACAAUCAGCAAACUUUUCUGUAAUUUCGGGCCAAGCUUGACAUUUUAUUUCGGAAUAUAGAGCAGUUAAUGAGUGUCCGCUCAUCCACGCAAGUUACGACAAUGACAUGCUAGGAUAUUUGUGAAAAUUGUAAUCGCAGUUUGGGCCAUGAACUGUGUGUGUCCAACAGGUGGCAUGAAAGCAGCAUUAAAGAACACGGCCGUAAGGUUAUGCUAUAUGACAACAGCUACAGUGUUACAGUGAUGGAGCAGCUGAAUGAGGACAGGGUCUUAAUAUCACCAAGGUUUCUAUAUAUUCCGUGAAAAUAACGAGAAACAACGUGGAAGGUGUCGCUGAAAUGACUGCAGUAACCUAGGAUACCAAGGGUGUUGCAUUGUCUGAACGCACUCAGCUACCAUGGAUACUUCGGUAUUACUUCGAUACAGUGUCUGAACGCAAGAGGGGUGCUAUACCUGUUGUGGUUAGUGGAGAUCCUGGUUCGGUCCUGACUGACUUCGUUGGUGAAGAGGCACAAACCACAAGUUACAUGGGCCACCAAUCUUGAUAAUAUCGUUUUACACUGUUGAUGCUCAUUACCAGAAGAAUGAUUUACAUGUUGUAUCCACUUUUCAGACUCGUCUUCGGAACCCUGUACCCAGCUUAUGCCUCCUACAAAGCUGUUAGGACGAAAAAUGUGAAGGAAUACGUAAAAUGGAUGAUGUACUGGAUAGUAUUUGCACUUUUCACAUGUGCAGAAACUUUUACGGACAUGUUCCUCAGCUUCUGGUUUCCAUUUUAUUAUGAGAUCAAGAUAAUCCUGGUGCUUUGGCUUCUUUCCCCAGCUACCAAGGGCUCCAGCAUCUUGUACAGGAAGUUUGUUCAUCCCAUGCUCAGUCGUCGUGAACAGGAAAUUGAUGAGUAUAUAGCAAAAGCAAAGGAGCAGGGUUACCAUACAGUGCUGCACCUGGGUACAAAGGGAGUUAACUAUGCCACCACAGUACUUAUGCAGACUGCCAUUAAGGGUGGAGGGGGAUUGGUCAAUCAAAUUCGCAGGAGCUAUAGUCUCAGUGACCUCUCCUCAGACAAGGAAUCUGACAUGAAUUGCAAUACCAAGGCCCUUCAGAAUGUCUCAGAUGAAGAUGAUAUGGAGGAAACAGAUGGCUUAGAAGAUCCACGAAUGUUGAAGCCUAGGGGUUAUAGUCCCCGCCGUUCAGCUUCUGGUUCAAGCAGGAUGGAGAUGUACUUUCCAGAAGUAGAUGUGGAUGUCCGGCAACAUGGUAGCACUCGACCAAGGGAACCGAGCAUUCCACUCAGUCAUAUCAGAUCAUCUGAGGAUGUAAGUUCAGGAUAUUCUAGUGCAGAGCCACUAUAUGCUGGACAUCAUGCAGCAAAAUCUGAAGGACUUGCAGCAAGCAGGGAACCUCUGGUCAGAACAGCCUCUGUAGGAUCUACACGAUCUAUGCGGACCAAGAGUUCACGUGGCGGUGUUGUUGCCAAGAGGGGGCCUGCAUCUGAGGACAGUGAACUCUUGGACAUACAAGGUGAUGAAGGAGACUACAGCUAUCAAGAGGAGUGUUUCUAUGAUGUAUCUUCUUCCUUGUCCUCUCAUGCAUCAAUGUCCGUUCCAUUUCCCAUAACUGUUACUGUAAAUAGAUCAGCUGCACCUCCCUUUCCAUUUCUAGAGCUUUCUUAUCCCUCAGCUCAGAAACAAGUAGUUGCUGUCCCAUCCAAAUUGAAUGAUAUGUCAAGUCAGGAGCAGUGCAUAGAUGACUCUGAUGUAAAAUCAGAUUCACCCGAUGAUGAAGAUACACCGUUAUAUGAUGCAGAGUCGGAUGAAUCUAAACUUCCAGAUAAUGAAUGUUUGCUCACUGAACCUUUGGAUUCAUUAGUGAAGGAUGACAUUAUCUCUACAUCAUAUCAUGAAACUUCUUUAUCCUGUGAUGUAACAUUGCUGCAGUUAGACAGAACUGCAAAUGGUUUAAUACCUGACACAGUUGUCUCUUCUGUAGGCCCAAUUUUGUCUAAUGAAUGCCUUACGUCACAUUUAAACAUAACCAGUAAUAACAUCAUACUAGGAACUUCCACUGCUCAUGCAGAUGAAACCAACAAAGAUGAAGCAUUGACAAAGAAUAAAAAUGAAAUACCUGUCCAAAAGGAAAGCCCUAUAAUAAAUGUAAGAGAUCUACCAUGUGAACCAGCAAUUUUGCAGCAUGCAGAGACUGAACCUAGAAACCUAAUCACUGGUAAGGUAGAUAUUCUUUCUGAUUCUUUGGAGGGGAAGACACAGAAUAUGGAUGUUGCCAUUGAUUCACUGAAAGAUGUUAAACCUUUCAGUUUGGCACAGCCAACACAUACACCUCUAGAAGUUGCAGAGGCUUUAGAUAUGACAUCAGGGUUUUCAGAGGUUGUGAGUAAACCAGUGGGAAUAGAAGAGCCUUCAGUUUCAUUUCUAGAAGAAGUUAAUAAUGUGAUAGAUGAUACUGUAUCUGAAACCCUGACUGCAGUAGGUAUAUCUGGGCGCACACCUACAUCUGCAGAAUUUCACUCUCUAGACAAAAUGGCGGACAUCUCUUCAGAGUCACAAAAUUCAAAAUGUGACACUGACAUCAAGCAUUCAAAUAAUUAUGAUGAUAAUAAGUCUGAUUUAAAUUUUGGGCUUGCAGCUACAGAGAAAUCAGCAACUGGCAUCAUGCAUAGUGCUGAACAUGACACUUCAAAACUAAAUUCAAAUUCUGUAAUUUCUGCUGGUGUUAAUGGACUUGAUGAAAUUUUGCAGGUAGAAAACAGUGAUGAGAACCCUCUUCAGGACCAGAGAGGUUCUCCUUAUACGUCUGUUGAGUCUCUAUCCCCACCAGAGCCAGCUAGUAGAUCUAGUUCACAGGGCAGUUUGAGGAAGGAUGGUAGAGCUGGACGUUACCACAAACGACCUGCCCCAACACCUCCUCCAAAGAACUCUGAAUCAGAAGGUGAAGACUGGACUGAAGUCCAAGAACCUCAAAUGUUAUGCGAUGGAAAUAGCAAAGCUUUGACCUGCCACAAAGAGCUUAAUGAGCAUGUGCCAUCACCAAAGGAAGUAAGAUUUGAGGAUUCAGAAUCAGCUGUCACUGCUCGUCUUGUGCUGAAGCCAGGGGUCAUGAGGUCAUUGGGACCUGAUUCUGGAACCAAGGCAGAAGUUUUUGUUUCAAGAACCCCACAAAUUAAAAGCAAAAAGCUAAAUUCAAAGAGUAAACAGGGAGAUUCAGCACUGUCACGGUUAAUUGGGCUGCCAAAAAACCAAUUUGGAAAUUUGACAUCAUAUUUCCCUUUCUGGCAUGGGAAGCAGGAGGCUCAUGCUUCAGCUGACAUCCAAAGUUUGUCACCAGGAAGUUCUAAAUUACAGAGCAGCAGUAAUUCAGCAUCUGUGGCAGUUCAUGAAAGCACUUCAUCUUGCUCCAAAAGACACAAUUCUAGCCAAAGCAGUGAUAUUAACGUGAAAGUGAUGUCCUAUUCCCCUGGGCAGAGACGCCAAGCACCUUUGGCUGAUUGGGAAUAAGUAAAGAUUAUUUACAAAUCUUAUUUAUAGAAAAAUGAGAAAGGACAUUGGUGAUGUCACAGAGUUUUGAGUAGCAAAACUUGUGCAUCAGUUAUCUGUCUACAGAUCUGAAUACUAUAAAUAUAUCAGCUACCUUCUCCUAGUUUAAUCCAAUAAAUUAAUUAAAUCUGAAACAUUUCCUUCUUUCAUUUGUACAUCCUAAAUCUCGGGAAUCUGGAUGUGGAACUUCAUUCAUGGAUGCUGAAUUGGUCUGGAAUUUCUUGCAGGGAUGUAUUAGAUUGUGCUAUGCCCCUUACUGAGGGUGUGAUGUUUGGAAAUUUUAAAAAUGUGUGUGUGUACCUAUACAGUCAUAACCCACUCUUUUUUACAGUACUAAUCAUCGUAGAAGAUACCUGAAGCCUUAACUAUGGUUUAGGGAAGCUCCCCUCUAACACUUGAGUUCUGCAGCAGUAGCUUCUAGACAUGUUAAGCAUGAUUCUGUUGGUUAAGUAAGCAGUUCCUUAGAUACUAGAACAGUAAUCUAGACUUCUGAUUUUUUUAGUUUGUCUUACUUUUGAUAUUUUAGUCUGACUAAAUGGUUUUUGUGUGAGGCCUUUAACUCUUCAUUUUCACUGUACAUGUGAAUCUGAUGUACAAGGAGCCAUGUUUCCAGAUAACCUUAAAAAC